AUGAAAGCCAAACAGUACGUCCCGCCAUGGAAACAGCCCUACAUUAUUGCCGUGGCGGGGUCUUCGGGAUCGGGAAAGACUUCGGUGGCUCAACUCAUCAUCAAGCAGUUGAAUGUGCCUUGGACCGUUCUUUUGUCCAUGGACAACUUCUACAAGACGCUGACACCUGAGGAAUCUGCUGCUGCCCAUCGAAACGAGCACGACUUCGACACGCCUACCGCAUACGAUACCGACGAUCUGGUCAAGUGUCUUCGAGAUAUCAAGGCAGGUCAUCGAGUCAACAUUCCUACGUACUCCUUUGUCGAGCACGCUCGAACCGACAAAACUGUCAGCAUUUACGGCGCCAACAUUGUGAUCCUUGAGGGAAUCUAUGUGCUCUAUGACCACCCCGGCUUACUGGAUCUCAUCGACAUGAAGAUCUUUGUCGACACUGAUCUGGAUACUUGUCUGGCUCGACGACUCACGAGAGAUAUGCUUCAUCGAGGACGAGAAAUGUCCGGUAUUAUAAACCAGUGGCGUAAGACGGUCAAGCCCAACUUUGAGCGAUACGUGCGACCUACAAUGGCCAAUGCUGAUGUUCUGAUUCCUCGAGGACGGGACAAUGUCGUAGCGAUUGAUAUGGUGGCCCAACAUAUCACUAAAAUUCUUACAGACAAGAGUGAACGACACUUGGCCGAUCUGUGCUCGUUGAUCGACGACGACGAGCUGGCUGCCGAGGAAGCUACCUGGAACAAACAGAUUCAUGAACUGAAACAGUCGCCCCAGCUUAUCGGCAUUCACACAAUUCUAUGUUCAGAUGAUACCAAGCGAGCUGAUUUCGUGUUCUACUUUGAUAGAAUCGCCACUCUACUGGUCGAGAAUGCACUGCAGCACUCCAAGUUUGAAAACAUUAACGUCGAGACUCCCACAGGAAACACCUUUGAGGGAGUCCGACGUCUGGGAAUUGACAAUACCUGUGCUGUAGCUAUAAUCCGAGCAGGUGAGUGUUUCGACCGUUCUGUCAAGCGAACCAUCCCUUCAGUCCGAAUGGGAAAGCUGCUGAUCCAGAGUGACAUUUCUACCGGAGAGCCCAAAUUGCAUCAUCUGAACCUUCCUUCCCGCAUUUCAGAGCCUGACGCCUUUGUUCUACUAUGUGACGCUCAGCUCUCGUCUGGAGCUGCCGCUAUCAUGGCUACCACAGUCCUGGUUGACCACGGCGUCAAGGAGGAGAACAUUGUCUUCGUUUGCUAUCUUGCAUCUAAACGAGGUCUUCAGCGGUACCUCAACGCCUAUCCUAAUGUGCAUACUGUGGUCGGUAAGAUUCUCGACGGCAGUCAUGGCAGAUUCAUCGACACCAAGUACUACGGUACCUAG